CACCACUGCUCCAUCAUGUGUCAUCCAGUCUUCUGGACACCACGUGCCCAGUGGUCACCAAACCACCUAAAGCUGGUCACUUUCUACGUGCUCUUGCUCCUGGUAUCACUCAGCUUUGCUGCAGGACAGAGCAGGCCAUUUAAACAUCAGAUAGACAACAGAAGUCCUGAGAUUGACCCUUUUUGGUACGUGGGCCGUGGUGUUCGCCCCAUCGGGCGCUUUGGGAAGAGGCAGCUGAGGAGCAGCCAUGGCAGCCUGAGGCCUGUGAGCAGACACCUGGAUCUCAUCUUGAACACUUUGUGGGAGCAAAAAUUAUUGGACACAGAGGACAAUGACUGGUGAUCUCUGUUCCCCGAGGUGGCGACCCAAGCUCUGUUCCUUGAAUUGUGCCCUCCCCUGCACCUCAGACCUACAGUCCUGCUUUUGCCUUGCAAUCCCACACUGCUCUUCUUUCUGCUCCUUGUGCAAGUUCCUUCAAAAAGAAACAUAUUCAGGGUGCAGGUAAAAGACAAUGCAUGGACACCAGCACUAAGUGCCACCACAGCUUAUAAAAAUGUUUCUUCAUCRUGCAUCCCCACCAAU